AUGGAUGAGUCGUCGAGUGCAAUCUCGACGAUGUGCUGCUGCUUUGGGUUUUCAUUGUCUUCUACGGCCUGCGCACUCGUCGUCAUCAGACUCAGUCCUACUGUGGAUACCAAAGUGAACCUGGACAGAGAAAAAGAUCGGAGAAAAAGAUCAAAGGAAAAGAAAACACGUACAGACGCUCUCACACUGUUUCAUGCGCUCGACGGAGACCCACGCAUAGCUGAUAACCCGCUCGGGGUCCGUGGCGAGCAGACCGUCCAACGGGGUCGGGGUCGUCUUUCUACCUCGUCUCCGACGAUGUCUCUUGGAGAUCUGCUGGUCCUGGCGGUAAUAGACACCGUGGAGGCCUGGAGCUCGUCGUCGGUGCCCCUGCUUGGUGUCCCUGGGGAAGACGGCGGCAAACCUUUCCUCCACGGUUUUCCAUGGUCGGCGAAGAUCAUCGCGGAAGUAUACAGUGGAAUCGACCUGCUCUCUGGUGUACUGUACAUUGCAGUGGGGCUGGCCCUUUGA